ACGGGCGGACACACAUUUGAUGAGCAGGAACAAUUUCAAAACGGAACUGCUGCGGCGUACGAAUGUGUGAAGACCACUCGCCAUAGUUGGAACACUAAUAGACCUAUAUAGGCCUAGAAGUUGAAUUGUCUUUGUUCAGUAAUAGUGUUCGAGUAGUUCGAGCCCUACAUACGCUGGAAUUCUCUGCAGGGCUUCGAAACAGGAAAUGGAUGACAUGCAUAUGGUCGAUCUGAAUGUUGGCGGCUGCCUGUACACCACGUCGCGGUCGAAUCUGACUCGCUACCCGGACUCCAUGCUGGCUGCCAUGUUCAGCAGUGAACUCGACCCGUCUGUUCGUAACGCCAACGGGGCCUAUGUCAUCGACGGAGACGGGCCCAUCUUCCGUCAUGUCCUCAACUUCCUCCGACGGGGAAAGCUCAACCUUCCGGAGGACUUCAAGGAAUGGGACCUGCUGACCUCAGAGGCCGACUUCUACCAGGUUGGAGAUUUGACAGAUGCGGUGAUGGCGGAAAAGAUGCGGCGGGUCACACCAGAGGACUCCUCGAAAAGUCCAAAAUUCGAAUUCGUAGAGAUAAAUUUAAAAAAAACGACGAUGGGCAUUGUGUACAUAGGAAGCAUGGAAACCCUGGCAAACCUGCCCGUUAUUGUGGCGUUUUUCAAAACCGACCCAUAUUCCAAUGGAGAUGUUCUGGAUGUCGUCAAGCAACAGGGCAUGAUCCAGCACUUCAGCAGUUCGUAUCUAUAUUCUGAAGAGCCUAUUGGAGAUAAACGCAUGAUUGUUUUUCGGGAGAUAGCGGAGCACGGCUUUGAACUGAAGGCGGUACUCUAUGAUUCUUAUGGGAAUAAAGAAUGGACUUUUGCUCGGAAGGUCUAGAUUAACGUGAUGGAUAUCAACGGCUCAAGCUGUCGUCCCCCAAAACGACGAUAACAAUUAAUGUUCUUCCACAAACCCCUGACUUGCACUCCUUCGCAGAACCAUACGGACAAACCUUAUAUAAUCCUUACACAGCUGGAGGUGACA